AUGUUGGCCCAGCCCCCUUGCCCCUGUGUCGGACCCGCGUGGGGAUUCAAGUGCCCCUACUGUCAGAAGGGCUUCAAGGGAAAGCUUCACAUCCGCACACACACAGGAGAGAAACCUUACAAUUGUGGUGUUUGUGGCAAGGCAUUUGGUGGUCGCUCUGACAUGAACCGUCAUUUGCGCAUACACACUGGUGAGAAGCCAUACCCAUGUAAGGUCUGCGGCAAAAAGUUUGCUCGUGCAGACUACCUGUCAAAGCACAUUACCACGCACCUCGGGAUUCCAUUUGCCAAGCCAGUGCAUACUAGAAAGCUCUUUCCUCUAUUGCUGACGGCCAGUGGCUUGUGCUGGGCCAGGAGGCUUGAGGUCAUAGUACAAGGUAGGUUAGUGUGGGCGUGGGUUGUAUCCAGUGCCCUGUGGAGUUACUCUCCCUCUUACCACCCAACCAACUGCACCAUCUGCGUCACCUGGCCGCUUCCCAGUGCGACAUGA